AUGGGGGAGGGUGGCCCAGGCAUGGAGGAGGGUGGCCCAGGCAUGGAGGAGGGUGGGCCAGGCAUGGAGGAGGGUGGGCCAGGCAUGGGGGAGGGUGGCCCAGGCAUGGAGGAGGGUGGGCCAGGCAUGGGGGAGGGUGGGCCAGGCAUGGGGGAGGGUGGCCCAGGCAUGGAGGAGGAUGGGCCAGGCAUGGGGGAGGGUGGCCCAGGCAUGGAGGAGGGUGGGCCAGGCAUGGGGGAGGGUGGCCCAGGCAUGGGGGAGGGUGGCCCAGGCAUGGAGGAGGGUGGGCCAGGCAUGGGGGAGGGUGGCCCAGGCAUGGGGGAGGGUGGCCCAGGCAUGGGGGAGGCAGGGCUUCUUAUAGGGCUUGAGUGCCACACAGACGAGUGCCUCAGAGACGAGUGCCACAGAGACGAGUGCCACAGACGAGUGCCACAGACGAGUGCCACACAGACGAGUGCCACACAGACGAGUGCCUCAGAGACGAGUGCCCCAGAGACGAGUGCCACAGACGAGUGCGUGCUUCUAAGCGUGCAGGAGAGGGUGCACUCAGCGGACGCCGUCAAGGAUAACUGA